CGCCCGCUUCCGCUUCUUGCCCCAGAUUCUUCCCUUGCCCUUGCCCUACCUUGACUCUCCAUCAUCAUUUCUCCCAACCGACUACCCGAUUGUUUACUUUACGUAUAGUGUUUACCACAACAUCAAUUGCUGUCGUCGUCGUCGUCGCAUGUUUGUGCGGAGCAGCGCUUAGUGGUUGCAUCUUAUACUGCUCGGCCAAUCGACAGCGUUUCGGCGAGUCGUAGUAGUAUCAUCCACUCCGCAUUGGCCUCGCGAGCACAAGGCGUGACCCGCCAAGAUGCCCACCAUCCUACGCAACCCCUUCCGGAAGCAGGACGAGAACGUGCGACCGCCUCUAGCCGUCACCGGCGCGCAGCCAAGGGUCAAUGGAGACGCUGCUGCGAAGCCGGUGGAUGUUCACGACAAGCCGGCGGAGUACAAGCUGAGCGAGAUCAACGACUCCGGCGUCUACCUCCCUCCCUCCCCAACAGAAAAGAAGUCCUUCUGGUCAACCCACUCCUCCCGCACCUCCACCAGCACCUCCAACCACCGCAGCUUGCUAAACGACAGCGAGCAAUUCAACAUCUCCCGCGAAUCCUUCGACUCCUACCGCCGAUCCUUCGACAUCUCCGCCCGCAGCCCCGUCCUGCAAUCCUUCGACAGUAGCAGCGGUCGUCCGCGCGCAUCGCUCGACAGCAGGUCCUUCGCCCCCCCACCCCCCAGAUCGAGCAGUUCCUUCCAACGCUCGAGUCAGCUGCCCGCGCAUACACAGGAAGAGCGGGAGCCCCUGCCUCUGCCUCCGCCUACCCAGCAACAGCCGCAAGCGCAACAGCAGCAAAGUAGUGGAGGAGGAGGAGGCGCCGACUUCGAAGACGUCGACAUCGCCGACAAACCCCUCGUCCCCGCCCAACAUAAGAAGCGCGGGCUCUUCGCCCGCAUCACUGACUCCGGCGGCGAUCAUCAUGCGGGGGACAGGCCGGGGAGCCAGGAUGGGGCGAGUAUGAGUAAGACGGGUGGGGUGUGGAAUCAUUUGACGGGGAGGAAACGGGGGCAGAGUGGGCAGGGGGCGGAGUUGGGCGCGAUGGCGCCGCCGAAGAGGGAGACGACGCCGAAGCCGGAGGGUCAACUGAGGGUGCAACAGGGGCAGCAAUCAUUACAGCAGCAGCAGGGGAAACAGCAGUCAUCUGUUGACGUGGUGACGACGCCGGGGAAGGCGGGAAAGAAGGUCGACGCUCAAGCGAGUGCGGCCGCCGCCGCCAAAACUGUGCCUGCGCCCACGCCCGCAACGGCGGCGUCGGAAGAGGCGGGAGAGAGCGCGAACGCGAAAGCCGAUUCGGGCGUUGAUGUGGACGUUAACCGCGCACACAGCCGACUCAAAGACGUUGCGCUGCAUGAUGAUGAUGAUGAUGAUGAUGCGGAGGAGACGCCGAAGAAGUCCGCUGCGAAUGCCAAUGCGAAUGUGAAGAAAGACGAGACUUCCCAAGCGCUAAACACGAAACCGCGGACUGCUCAGGCACAAGAGGUCGCGACGAAGGUGGUGGAUUCUUGAGUAAGUUUUCGGAGCGCUGGGAGGAUCUUGUUUGAUUUGCACCAGGGUUGGGCGUUUGGGGACGUGUAGGGUGGACGGAGGUUGCAUCUGCGCGGGCUUGGCGGUGUUGGGGUUAUUUUUGGGUUUCGGGAGUGAGGUGGCGUGUGGUGUGGUGUGGUGUCGUCUUGCUAUUGUUGGGUUUUGACGGAAUGGGAUGGGAUGGGAGGAGAUGGGUUUACGAAUUUCAAUGGGUACAUGUCAUGGGUUCGGGACUGGGGAUCGGAAUUGAGGUGCAUCAAUGACGGGGGGUUGAAGUACAUAUUUGAGGGUUCCUUGAGUAUAUGUAAUGCCAGAAAUUGAUGGCUUUUGGAUUCUGG